AUUCUGAGCUAGAUAUGGUUCCAGGAAUACCUCCUGGGCUGAAAGCUCAAGUAAGGGCUGCUGUUCUGACCUCUGUUGAUUAAAGGAGCCUUUGUCUUAACUUGGGUACAGAGCCAGAACCCAUCCAGGGCCAACCACCACAGCAAGCAACCUUGCUCAUAGCCUAAGUGGGCUUUCCUUAGCUGGGGAGAAGGUAUAGGAUGGGCAUUGCACAAAGGUUCUAUACUGCUGUGUGUUGAUUCCUUCCUGUGAACACCUGUGCUUUCCAUAUAGGCCCAAUGGGAUUUUGCUCCGUGGCUUCUUCAGCUCAUGGGGCUCUGCACAAAGUUUCUUCAGGAGAGAGAGUAACCCUGUCAAAACGGCUGAAGAUCCCAAAGUAGUCUUGCUCUAGCCCAGAGUUGAACUCACCAGGGUUGCUGCUUUCUCAGGGAGAAUCUCAAAGAAUAACUUAUUCUUUUGUGGGAAUAAUAAAAAGGGUUGUUGGUUCCUGGUCUUCGAAGCAUUUGUGCCUCCAAAAUUGCAACCCUACUACAUUCUCAGGCAAGAAUCCUGGGAGUGAGAGCUAAAUUAAGUUACUGGCCCUAGUAUCUCCAAACGCGGCGAUCAUUAGCUCUUACUUAGAUAAAGCCAAGGUUACUGUGGGUCGUACUGAUUGGUUGGGCCAUACAUAUCCAUCUUUCCAAGAUGACUAAUAAUCUUAGGCUGAGAGGGUGGGGCAUUCUUUUGGUCUGGGAACUAUAAGCUGCCAGUGCGCGUUCUAUAAGCGGAACUAUAAGAGGUUCAGCACUGCCCAGAACCCCGGGGACCCAUGGGGACCACGGUUCCAUUCCCUUGUGGCUGCAGUCUUGACUUUCCCUGAGUGCUGAAAGAAGAGACAGCCCAGGCCUGGUCAUUUCGCGCCAGCUUGGUACCACAACAGCCAGCUUUGCUUGGAAGAAGGGUUAUCUCGCAGCGUCGCUGCUUUACGCCCUAAUCCAAGGCAGUGCCCUUUGUCUCGGGGGUUGGUGGAGGUGUCUAAAAAUCGCCUAAGAGCCACCGCGCUCAAUCCCAGGAUUCUCUAUGGUCGAGGGCCGCUAAACCUCAUCAAUGGUCCCGCCCCGCCGGGAGUUGAUCCAAUCAGAGCCAAACAUUCAGGCUCUUUUCCCGGUUUGGUGUCGUCAUUUCCGGUUUAUUCCCGGAAGUCGUGCUGUGGAGCCAAAUUUGAAGCAGGCCGAGACCCGGGGGCGCGGCCACGAAGUUGGACCUGUUGCAGUUUCCUUGGCUACCUGGUCCGCUUGAGUCCAGCCAUCAUGCCUAUCCGUGCCCUGUGCACUAUCUGCUCGGACUUCUUCGACCACUCCCGCGACGUGGCGGCCAUCCACUGUGGACACACCUUCCACCUUCAGUGCCUAAUUCAGUGGUUUGAGACAGCACCAAGUCGGACUUGCCCACAAUGCCGAAUCCAGGUUGGCAAAAGAACCAUUAUCAAUAAGCUCUUCUUUGACCUUGCCCAGGAGGAGGAGAGUGUCUUGGAUGCAGAAUUCUUAAAGAAUGAACUGGACAAUAUCAGAGCCCAGCUUUCCCAGAAAGAAAAAGAGAAACGGGACAGCCAGGUUAUUAUCGACACUCUGCGAGACACUCUGGAAGAGCGCAACACCACUGUGGAAUCUCUGCAAAAGGCCUUAGGCAAGGCUGAGAUGUUAUGCUCUACACUCAAAAAGCAGAUGAAGUUCUUGGAGCAGCAACAAGAUGAGACUAAACAAGCACGGGAGGAAGCCCGCCGACUUAGGAGCAAGAUGAAGACCAUGGAGCAGAUUGAGAACCUUCUCCAGAGUCAGCGGCCUGAAGUGGAGGAAAUGAUUCGAGACAUGGGUGUGGGACAAUCAGCGGUGGAGCAACUGGCUGUGUAUUGUGUGUCUCUCAAGAAAGAGUAUGAGAAUCUAAAAGAAGCUCGGAAGGCCUCGGGGGAGUUGGCUGACAAGCUGAGGAAGGACUUGGUCUCCUCCAAAAGCAAGUUGCAGACAGUCUACUCUGAAUUGGAUCAGGCCAAGUUGGAGCUGAGAGCAGCCCAAAAGGACUUACAGAAUGCUGAAAAGGAAAUCACGAGCCUGAAAAAGAAGCUAAUGAUGUUGCAGGAAACCUUGAACCUGCCACCAGUGGCCAGUGAGACUGUCAACCGUCUGGUUUUAGAGAGCCCAGCUCCUGUGGAGAUGCUAAACCUGAAGCUCCGCCGGCCAUCAUUCGGUGAUGAUGUUGACCUUGAUGCUUCCUUCAAUGUGGAUACCCCCCAAACCCAGCCCUCCAACUCCCAGCAUGGCCACUCCAAAAGGCUAUGCCUUGAAAAGGCACACUCUCCUGUUCAGGACAUUCUCAAGAAGAUGCCCAGAGUUCCCAAGCAGAAGUCCCAGCUCUCUUUGGGUGGCCAGCACUGUGCAAGAGAGCCAGAUGAGGACCUGGCUGGUGCCUUCCCUGUCUUUAUCCGGAAUGCUGUUCUGGGUCAGAAACAGCCAAAGAGGGCCAUAGCAGAGUCCUGUCGCAGCACAGAUGUGGUAAGAACAGGUUUUGAUGGCCUUGGAGGCCGGACAAAAUUCAUACAGCCUACUAACACAGCCAUGAUUCGCCCACUGCCUGUUAAGCCCAAGACGAAGGCUAAGCAGAGAGUGAGGGUGAGGACUAUAAACCCUUCCUCUCAGGCCAAGUUGGAUACCUUCCUGUGGCAAUGAGAACAGUGAAUCUGAGGAGUGGCCAGACAUGCCUUCAACUAGAAGAUUGGCCAGCAGUGUUUAGAGGGAUGGCCCCUCUUCCAGGAUGAGCCCUGGGCAGAAAGCAGAUGAAUGGUAGAGUGACAGAGAUUGUGCACUUCCUUUUCCACCUUGCCCUGUUCUGUCACGUAGAGCUGACACUACCAGCUUACCAUUUCCAUCAGCAAGUGCCUGCUCCUGGUUGCAGCCUCUUGUUUAGAGCCACAAUCUAAUGUGGCCAGGUUCUUUCUGGUCCUGGAAACCAGGAUCACUUGUUGACUGUAUGCAUAAAAGUGCUUGAGAUUUUCUCAGCCUGAGUCUGAGCUUCUGCCUGCCUCCCUCACGGCUGGGCAUGGCCUGAUCCGGGCAUGGCCUGAUCCCGACAUGGUCUGGUCCAAGCACGGUGGGGGGUAAGGAAUGGGGAAUGAUGAAGUGGGGAGGACAGGGAAAGAUUUCCAUGUAAAAUAAAAAAUAAUUUUUUUCUGGC